AUGAGUGAUAAGCCAGACUUGUUGGAAGUAGAGAAGUUUGACAGAUCGAAACUGAGGAAAACUAAUACUGAAGAAAAAAUACUCUCACUCAAAAGAAAGUGUGAUGGGGAAUUUCUAGUUGAGGUAAACAGUGGUAAAGGUUGCUGCAUUCAAUAA